CACUGGCAGACUCUGAGAACAUUGUUCGUAAACAACACGGUUCUCUGUAUCUGCCUUCAGUCUGGAUCCUGCAAAACCAAGUCCAGCUCCUCCCCGAUGAAAAAUCUCAAAUUCCCCCACUUCCUAUUCCCACCCACAACAUUCCCUUCCCAUUACUUUACACACUCUCUGCAUUAGACUGUGCAACAAGAGUUUUUAAAAGUUUUGCUGCAAUGGAGGACACUGUCCCAACAACAAGAGGGAGAACAACAGCAGAGGAUGGAAAGCAGCAGACUCCUGACAGGCUGCUGCUGUCCACUAAACCUCUGCAUCGGUUUGUCCGGAUGGAACCCAGAAGUCUUGGGAUUGUCAUUUUGUUGUUUGGAUGUGCAGAGAUCCUGAUGGGCUUUCAGCUUCAUUUGGCCGGUGAACAUGGAAGAACCUCCCUGGACAUGUAUGCUCCCUUCUGGCAGGGAGUUCUGUUUGUUGUCUGUGGAAACCUGUCUAUUUACACUGGACUACAUCCAUCCAAGAAGAUGGUGACAGUGUCUUUGUCCAUGUAUGUGGUUUCCCUCUUGGGAAUCUUUGUUUCUGGUGGCUACAGAAUAAGUUGUCUGAGUUAUUUUUCCUACAUGAGGUACAGAGCAUCACAUCGUACGGAUCCUGGUUGGGCUCAUUUCAGAGUGGACUUGCUUUUUGGUAUCGAAGGCAUGCUGUUCACUUCAUCCCUGUGUGUAUUAGUGCUUCUCAUGGUCUUGAUCGUUGUUGCACGCUUGGCUCUGAAAUCCACACGCACACAGGUUAUUCUCCACCAGAGCCUGCCACCAGGGACUCACACAACAUCAAAUUAAAAUCACAUUUCACAGCUGUACAAUUUUAACUAACAGUGAUUUUUUUUUUUGCUAAAUUACACCUAUCAUGCAACCAUUUGAUGAACUACAGUUUGUCAUUACUUCGUGUAUCACUUUAUAUACAGUAGUUUUACACAGCAACAAACCUUCUGAUUAACACCCACAUUUAGCCUCAUCUAAUAUCAUUUGUGACUGCACUAAUCUUAAAAAGAUAAUAAACCACAAAUAUAUUGCUUUUUAUAUAUUACAUGUUUGGCCAACGUAGAGUUGUACAAAAAGAAAUAACCACUAAUUUCUGGCAAUGCUGAUGUGUAAUCGUGGUAUUUACAGAUUGUUACACAAUUUACAGUGCAUAAAAAUGUAAGUCAAGCCUCAGGCAAAUAAUUAAUUAUAUAAGCACUUAGUUUGAAUGCGUAUUGUGUGUAAUGUGUACAUUGAUGUUAGUUAACACUGGUAGUCAGACACAACAGAUACUUCCACUGAGUCGUCUGAUCAGUAUCUGCUUUAUUAUAAUAUGUACAGUGUAGACAACAGACUGUGAUUUAUCUGUGUCUGCAGCUUUUGUUCAUGUCUGUGACCUUAUAUAAUCAUUUAGUUUGAGAUAUUUCAGUGUGACUUUGAAUGAAUGAAGCUAUGUGUACCACAAUGCACUCUGUUUUUGAUACUUUGACAAGCUCAGUGUCGAUGGAUUCUCUAUAUAUGACAUUCAGCUUUAAUACAACAGUUCUGUUUUAGGUGAUACACAAUGUUUGUGUCUUUUAGUGUUUUGGUUCUUUGGUACAGGCACAAAGAGCAGCUGUUUAUGUUGUUCAGCUCGUCAUGUGUUUAACUGUGAUACUGAUAUGUCUGUGAAAUAUGUUGUUGUCUUUUUUCUGUGAAUAUAUGGAAAAAUUGAGGUCUCUCUGAUGAGUGACGACCGCUUUUAUAGAUCUAUUUUGUCAUUUGUAUGUGGUGCAAUAAAUGUUGUCAUUUCAUCAAUAAAAGAU